AUGGCUCCCAACCCCCAUGGCAACCUGAUAUCUCUGCUCUUUUCGCUCCUCAUCUUGUAUCCAGCUCUAGCUGCGGCCGUCGACCUCGACUACUGCGCCGAAUUCAACACGGGAAGCACCUUUAACUCUGUUGUUGAUGGCUUCCAGUCUAUCGGGGCGUGUCAGAAGACAUGCGGGAACCAAUACGCCUUUGCUGUCCUUCAGGGCAAGAUGUGCUGGUGCACGAAUGCUGCCCCGAAAGACACCAUCCCGAACGGCAGAUGCAACCAGAACUGCCCCGGAUACCCAGAUGACAAGUGCGGAAACACCUCGGAGGGCCUCUUCGCCUACAUCAUGCUCGACAAGAAACCGUCCACGACGAUUGGUAACCCGUCAUCGACCACUACCUCGUCGGUUAGUAGCACUCAGUUCUCUUCAUCCUCAAUCCCAAAUAUGUCUACAACCGCUGCCAUGGGGGGGAAUCGUUCUUCAUCUUCUUCUUCACUUUCACCUUCACCUUCUUCUUCAUCUUCUUCAUCUACCCUGCAAUCUCAAUCUCCUGCACCCGAACAGACAUCUCAAUCAACACAGAUGAUUUUGACACCAAGUGUACAGACCACCAGCAGGGCCAGUGUGAGCACAGAGACUCGCACCACUACACUAUCGCCUACCUCAACUUCAUCGUCAUCAUCAUCUUCUUCUUCUUCAUUUUCUUCUACAUCUUCAUCUUCCUCUACGAAAACCUCGAAAACAACAACUUCACCCGCAUCGACAACUACCGAUCCUACGGCUUCGAUCACCACCGUAGAAGGACGGGUCACUACCAUCACGGUUCCGAACGCACCAGCGCAAACCCACCCUCCAGCCAGCAACGAGGGCUCCUCGCUAUCCGGCGGUGCCAUUGCUGGAAUCAUCAUCGGCACUUUGGCCGUAUUCGCCAUCUUCACGGGCAUUAUCCUGUGGCUCUUCUGCUUCCGUCGCCGCCAACAGGCUAAGAUUGAUGAUAGCUACCGUUCGCCUUUCCACGAAUCCCCAGUUCCACAGCCUAUCUUUGAAAACACACUAAGCAGCCGCGUCCCGGCCAUGAGAGUCGCUCCAGUUGCUAAUGGGAAUGGUACUACAGCAGGUAGUAGAGGUAGCACAGCUCGUCUGAGUAUCCCCGCUUUCACCGACCAUCGAAUGAAGAAGGAUGCCUUGGUUUACUCCCAUGGAGGUCGUCAUAGCAACGUUUCUCUGCAGGAUAACCAGGAUUAUUCUCGACCCGUGUUGCGAGAUAUCAAAUAUCCUUUUUUUAACGAUCCAGUCACACUUCAGUUCGAGCGCGUCUACCUCUUCUUCGGCAUGCUGCUACCUUCUAACGGCCGUCUAACCCCCCUCCUCUACCCUUUGCCUUUCGCACCGAUCCCAUUCGUCCUGAUACCCCCUCAUAUUCCACUUUUCGAGAUUGUCCAUCAUCCUCUCCUAUUCCCAUCAGACAUCUUCUUCUCCGUCUAUUUCCUUUCUAAGAUACCAAGAUCUUUUCCUUACACCCCUUUCACGAUGCAUUUACUCGAACUAGCAACAAUCAUUGGCGUCAAACCGGAACUGUAA